CGUGGUAAAUAGCAUGACUCAAAAAGGAAAUAAUAAAUUAAAAUUUAGAAAAUAAAAGCCUUUGGCGCGAGGAUUGGGGUAGUGAGUAGUUUGUUGGCCAGGAAUAGUGCUCUAAACGAACGCUUCAACGGCAUUAUUUCCCGGCCAUCAAUUCUAAUGGACGUAUGAUUGAAGAACAAGAACAAGAAGACGCAGUAGAGGUUCCACAUUAAGGAGGUGUGUCGUGUGUUUAUCCAUGUGAUCAGGUCCUCAGGUGAAAGAUCUGAGGCUCGCAUUAUAAUAUUUAUAAUUGUAAUUAAAUUACCGAAAGAAAAUGAGCGCUUCGAGGUUUAUUAAGUGCGUCACGGUCGGUGACGGAGCUGUGGGUAAAACUUGCUUGCUUAUUUCCUAUACCAGCAAUACCUUCCCCACGGAUUAUGUGCCUACUGUUUUCGACAAUUUCAGUGCAAACGUGGUUGUCAAUGGGAGCACUGUUAACCUGGGGUUGUGGGAUACUGCUGGACAGGAGGACUAUAAUAGGUUAAGACCUUUGAGUUAUCGUGGAGCAGAUGUUUUCAUUCUGGCCUUUUCUCUCAUUAGUAAGGCCAGUUUUGAAAAUGUUUCUAAGAAGUGGAUUCCGGAGUUGAAGCAUUAUGCACCUGGUGUUCCAAUAGUUCUUGUUGGAACAAAGCUUGAUCUUCGGGAUGAUACGCAGUUCUCUAUUGACCAUCCCGGUGCAGUGCCCAUUUCUACUGCUCAAGGAGAAGAGCUGAGGAAGCUGAUUGGUGCACCUGCAUAUAUCGAAUGCAGUUCAAAAACACAGCAGAAUGUGAAGGCAGUCUUUGAUGCGGCCAUUAGGGUUGUUCUUCAACCUUCCAAGCAGAAGUCAAAGAAGAGCAAAGGACAUAUGAAUUGCUCAAUCUUGUGAUCAAAUAGGUGUAAAGAGAUAAACAGCUGCCUGUCACUCUGUCUUACCCUUGUUCCCCUUCCUCCCUUCUCUCUUCCCUUUGCCCUUCCUUGAAGAGGCUAAGUCGUGAUUUAAAUUGCUUUCUUGGAAUUGUUAUGAUCUCUAAUUUUUUAAUGGUUCCCAUUUUUAUUUACCUAGACUUGUUCGAUCGCCGUAUUAAAAGAAAAAGAAAACCUAUGUAGAGUAGUUUGAUGUGUUGAUAGCAGUUGGACACAUAUUUAUUACUUUGUAUUAUGCUCUAAGGGCUUGCUAUUUGUGUGGUUUUACCAA